CAGAGUGGAGGAGGCUGAAUGAGCCAGCAGUGUGCUUCAGCUCCUCCAUGUUCUGAAGAAUGGGCUGGCAAAACGACACUUAUUUCCUCUUAGGCGUGUGUGAUUGAAGCCACCAGCUUUCACUUCUCUUUGUAGCUGUUGAUGUUUGGAUGAUCCCAACACCACUGAGGUGACUGAACACAGGUGGAGGGAUGAGUUUCUCCAGCGGUGCGUCUGUUGAGUACGUGAGCGACGAGCUGGAGACUUUGGGGUGGUACCAUGGCAACCUGUCCCGCCAUGCUGCAGAAGCCCUUCUCUUGUCCAAUGGCACAGAUGGUAGUUACCUCCUGAGAAACAGUAAUGAGGGACCUGACUGCUUUGCCCUGUCAGUGAGGGCAAAGGAUUCAGUAAAGCAUUUUCAGGUGACACGCAGAGACAACGGUUAUGCAUUUGGGUUUAAUGAGUUUGCAACCCUUCAAGAUUUUGUCAACCACUUUGCUAACCAGCCCCUGUUGGGCAGUGACACAGGAACCCUCAUUGUGCUGAAGAGCCCAUACCCUUUGUGUGUGGAAGAGCCAUCCAUUUAUGAGUCUGUGCGAGUUCACACAGCCAUACAGACAGGCCGCACGGAAAAUGAUCUGGUGGCAAACGCACCAUCGCUGGGCACAAAGGAAGGCUAUCUAGUGAAGCAGGGAGCAGUUGUGAAGAGCUGGAAACAGAGGUGGUUCACACUCAACAGAAAUGAACUUAAAUACUUCAGAGACAAAAUGUGUGAGGAGCCCAUUCGAACUCUUGAUCUGAGAGCCUGCUCUGCAGUCCAGUUCGACUAUUCUCAGGACAGAGUUAACUGUUUCUGCUUAGUGUUUCCUAAGCGAACAUUUUAUCUUUGUGCAAAGACGGGUGUGGAGGCAGAUGAGUGGAUCAAGAUUCUGAGGUGGAAACUGUCACAGAUAAGAAAAGGUCGAUGACGAUCACUGGAGACACAGGAGACGUUAAGAAGCCCUAUCUUCACUGAAGAUGUCGUGAUACUGGAAGACCCAUCAUGAACAGCACUGUUUACAACAGAAGAGGAUAUUAAAGUGUUAGCUUGAAUAGCACUGGAGCAUAUGACAUAUCCAUUCAGAAUGUAAAUGUAUCAAUGUAAUGUUUAUUAUUAAGUCAUGCUUGCAUUGCUUUAUUAUUAAGAUCAAAACCAACAAUGAGUCAAUCUGUCUCUCAAUACCUUCAGACUUCUCUGAAGCUUCUCCAAGCUCACUGGUUUCUGCUAAAGUGGAUUUUUUUAAACUAAGAGAUGUAGUAUAAUUGUUUAAAAGAGCUAUAUUAUUUUCAUUAUACCCAACUGUAGAUUUAGUAAGAAUUACUGACUCGAGAAAAUAAUGCAUCAGAUGAGAACUUUUUUCUGUGGCAAAUCUAGAGUUUGUGCUCUUGUAUUUCCUUGAAGAAGAAAGACGUUUGUUAAACUGAGUCAAAAUAAACUGCAAUGUGUGUGUCACCCACUACAAGAGUAACAUGUUGCAGCUCACUGA